AUGGAUUUAAGAAAUAGAAACACAAGAAUAGUACUUAUUUAGAUGUUAGAAAAAUAAUUGAAAUCUAUUAUGACUGAAAAUAUUACAAAAGUUAAAUAUUAGGAAUAAUUAACAAGAUUUUAAAUCUCUGAAGAUUAAAAAAAAGCAAGAAAAAAAUAACAUAGUCCAUCACCUUAAUUAAUGAGAACACAUAGUUAAUCAGAUCAUAUUUAAUUUUAUGAGAGACAAUAAUCAUAAUUAAAAAUAAAAAAUGAAAGAUUAUAUCAAUCAAAAGAAAAGUCUAUAUUAAAAAAGUUAUAAGAAGAAAUUCAAGAAGCUACAUUUAAUCCAAAAAUCCUUAAUUUUAAAGGUUAAAAUACUUAAAAAAAUAACUUAUAUUAAAAAGGAAUUAAAUGGAUGUAAUAAAAAGUAUUAUAUUAUUAAUAGACAAGGCUGAAUAUAUUGAUAAAUUAAAGGAGUCUUCUAUGGUUUAAAUAAGUUAAGAGAAUUUAUUUAAGCCAAUGGUUAAUAAAGUAUCAGAAAAAAUAAUCAAAACAACUAAUUAAACAGAUUUCUUUUAGAGAAUGAAUAAAAAUGAGGAUAAGAAAAAAGAGAAAAUCAAGAGACUUAAAACUGAUGCUACUCCAUCUUUUAAACCAAAAAUUAAUGGUAUUUAAAUAUAUUAUAUAGAUCGUUCUAAAAGAGUAUAAAGUAGUCUUAAUAAAGAUAUUUUAUCAGUUUCUUAUAAUACAGAAUUAAUGGAGAAGAUUAGAAAUUAUAAUUAAAGAGAAUUAAAUCAAUCUUGUCAUGAAUAUUCUAAAUAAAGAAAUUGUUCAUCUGUAUUAUCAUAAUCAAUUGAAAUUGAUAAAUAGACAAAUGAUUAUCCAAGUUUUAGAAAUUCAACUACAAUUAAGAAAUAACCAAAAUUAUAAAUUGAUUGUAAUACUCCCUCUUAGAAUAAAACAGAAAUGUUAUAUGAAUCAUUAGGUAAUUAAACUUAUAAUUAUUUUUGA